AUGUAUGGCCAGGUCUGUUGUUUCGUGGAUCCUAAUAUACGUUAUGGGAUAUUUAAAGUCUCCGACACAGAGUACUAUGUCUGCACAAAGCGAGCUGCGUGGAAUAUAGCAUUUCAAGGAACAUUCUUUGAGGAUUUCCCCAGAGCUCAGUCCGAGCUUCAGCCAGUCGUUGACCUCCCUGGGUCAGCAUUUGUUGGUACCUUAAUGAACGCCCUUCUUUCCGUUCAUACCGAAGGAAUCAGAAUACUCCCCAUGGACUCCGUAUCGGCUACAAAAGAUACUGGAGUUGUCACAUGUGUGCCAUCCGAUAAUCCAGACGACUAUACGAUGAUUCAAGAGCUUAUCAAGAAACCCGAGUACUACAGCAUUGAGAAGGAAUGGGCCGAAUUUAAAAUUAUUCCUGUGAUUGAGACACCUACUUAUAGAAACCUCACGGCGAAGAAAUUAAUUUAA